UGCCUGAGUCACCUGCAGGUGGCUACUCUCUGCUCCGGCCGCUCAGGCAGCUGAAAAGUCGCUCUGUUUUGGGGUCCUCGCCACCCUUCCACGUCUCCCGGAAAAGUAGCAGGGCCGCCGGGGCCGCGGCUGAUCGGGGGCAGGUUUGCUCAGCCUGGGCCCUCUCCCGGCCGGCUGCUUAGGGGGGCGGCCCCUCCAGAGUCCGCAGGUUCUCCAGUAGGAUUAUCCUGCUACCGUCAUGUCUUGGUUUGCUGAUCUUGCUGGGAAGGCAGAAGAUCUUUUAAACCGAGUUGAUCAAGGGGCUGCAACAGCUCUCAAUAGAAAAGAGAGUACUAGCAACACUGCCUAUAGCAAAAAUACUGACUAUCCUGAACAUCAGCAAUCUGCAGAUUUAACUUAUCAGACUGGAUCUAAAGCUACUUAUAUUUCCUCAGCAGCUGAUAACAUUAGAAAUCAAAAAACUACCCUCUUAGCUGGCACUGCCAAUGUGAAAGUAGGACCCAGGACAGCAGUGGAAGUCUCCCACCCUGGUGAAAAUGCCUCUGUUCCUAGGCCUUCGUCCCAGUUUGUUCGGAGAAAAAAGUCAGAACCUGAUGACGAGCUGCUUUUUGAUUUUCUUAAUAGUUCACAGAAGGAGCCUACUGGGAGGGUAGAAAUCAAAAAAGAAAAGAACAAGACACCUGUGCUUCAGAGUUCUCAAACAAGUGUCACUUCUGUUAAAACCAGCCCAGCCAAUGUCAAAACCAUUGAAGAAAAUCCUUCUGGGAGCCAAAAUGAUGAAACUUCUAAUAAUGCUGAUUCUGGCCAUGAAGGCCAAGAAGAUUCUGCAAAGGAAAAUGUACUAUCAGAUGCCUGUGCUGAUCACAGCUCAGCACCUACUGAUGAGGGCAAGUCACACGAACUGUCUAACCUUCGCCUGGAGAAUCAACUGUUAAGGAAUGAAGUUCAGUCUUUAAAUCAAGAAAUGGCCUCAUUACUUCAAAGAUCCAAGGAAACUCAAGAAGAACUAAACAAAGCAAGAGCAAGAGUUGAAAAGUGGAAUGCUGAUCAUUCAAAGAGUGAUCGAAUAACUCGAGAACUUCGAGCCCAAGUCGAUGACCUGACUGAAGCAGUGGCUGCAAAAGAUUCCCAGCUGGCUGUCCUGAAAGUGCGACUCCAGGAAGCCGACCAGCUACUGAGCACUCGCACAGAAGCGCUGGAGACCUUACAGAGUGAAAAGUCACGGAUAAUACAGGAUCACAGCGAAGGAAGCAGCCUGCAGAACCAAGCUCUGCAGACUCUCCAGGAGAGACUGCACGAAGCGGAUGCUGCUCUGAAGCGAGAGCAGGAGAGCUAUAAGCAAAUGCAGAGUGAGUUUACUGCCCGCCUUAAUAAAAUGGAAGUAGAGCGUCAGAACUUGGCAGAAUCAGUGACUCUGGCAGAAAGAAAAUACUCAGAUGAGAAGAAGCGAGUUGAUGAGCUUCAACAGCAAGUCAAAAUGUUUAAGUCCAACUUGGAAUCCUCUAAGCAGGAACUAAUUGACUACAAGCAAAAAGCCACGAGGAUACUCCAGUCUAAAGAAAAAUUGAUUAACAGCCUUAAGGAGGGAUCGGGCUUUGAAGGCCUAGAUAGCAGCACUGCUAAUAGCAUGGAGCUUGAAGAACUUCGGCAUGAGAAGGAGAUGCAGAGGGAGGAAAUACAGAAGCUGAUGGGCCAGAUACAUCAGCUGAGAUCUGAACUGCAGGACAUGGAGGCCCAGCAGGUUAGUGAAGCAGAAUCAGCCAGAGAACAGCUACAGGAUCUACAAGACCAGGUCGCUGGGCAGAAAGCAUCUAAACAAGAACUAGAGGCAGAACUGGAGCGGCAGAAGCAGGAAUCCCGCUACAUAGAGGAAGAUCUAUAUCGGACGAAGAACACAUUACAAAGCAGAAUUAAAGAUCGAGAAGAAGAAAUUCAGAAACUCAGGAAUCAGCUCACCAAUAAGACUUUGAGCAAUAACAGUCAGUCUGAGUUAGAAAAUCGACUCCACCAGCUUACAGAGACGCUCAUCCAGAAGCAGACCAUGCUGGAGAAUCUCAGCACUGAGAAGAACUCCCUGGUCUUCCAGCUGGAGCGCCUCGAGCAGCAAAUGAAGUGUGUAGCCGGAAGUGGGGGCGGCGGGUCUUCCAUUAACAUGGCUGGAGUCGACAGUGGCGAAGGUACACGUCUGCGAAACGUCCCUGUUCUUUUUAAUGACUCCGAAGCUAACCUGGCGGGAAUGUAUGGAAAGGUCCGUAAAGCUGCUAGUUCGAUCGACCAGUUCAGCAUCCGCCUGGGAAUUUUUCUCCGAAGAUACCCCAUAGCCCGGGUUUUUGUAAUCAUAUACAUGGCUUUGCUUCACCUCUGGGUCAUGAUUGUCCUCUUGACUUACACACCGGAAAUGCAUCAUGACCAACCACAUGGCAAGUGAGCUGACCGGUAUCCGCGGGGCCGGCUGGCUUCUCCAGACUUGGGGUCUGCGGAGGGGUCAGGCCUCGCAUCCCUGAGAAGAAUGCACAAGAUGAUCUUCUCACUGCAAGCUUUUCACUUUCUAAGUUAUACACGUAUUUCACUACUUAAAUCGUCCUCUGAUUUCCGUCAAAUGGUAAGAGUUUCUAGACAGACAUUAAUUUAAUCUGCUCAGCUCUGCUUUUUCUGAAACCAGUACUUUGUGUGUCUGUAUUCGGAGAGGCUGAGGCCGCCCGCGUCAACUGACCUCCCGGUUUAAGGUGACACUCACGGUGGGUUACAAUCAGGGAAACUAAUUGUAUUUAGUGAUAUAAAUAAAAUGUUUUCUUUUUGAUAAUUCAGUCUGCUUUUGUAUUUUCAUAUAUUGAACUCUGCAAAUACAGAUUUACUUUUUACAUGU